UUGGAGCCAAAUUAGGAAUAUGGUGGCUCACGAUGCAUCUCCAGCUUGUGAGAAAAGCAAAGACUAGAAAUUGGCCCCCACAUAGCAACUGGUCCUACUGCCACAUGGAAAAACAAACUCACCCAGGACCGUGUCCACAAGACAAAUUGUUGGUAUGUGCUAAGUGUCCUGCUGCCAGCACUGCUGCUCUCCCAACAGUAAGUGGACAAAAGGAACUUAAGACAGAGACAACAGAGCAACCAGAUCCCUCCAGGAUAGAGGUUGUCUCUGUAACGGAAGAAGACCUCCCCAGUUUUGAGACCCCCAACACACUGAACUUCAGCCCCCUGGGCAGUUUUGUUGCUGAACCCCAAUCAGAGAACGAUUCUGCCAAACCUGAAGAGCCCCAACCUCUGGCUGCAACCAGUCCGACCAUGCCAAUCACCAAGGUGCAGCCAUUUAUCCACGAGGAUGAGUGGGAGAAAAGCUGGAAGAAUCGACUGCUGGCCCACCGCUUCGAGCUGCUAAUCGCUUCAUGUCUCAUCACGGUGUUCACUCUCGCUCUCGGGAUUGGCCUCGGAGUGGGUCUGAGCUGUGUGGGGAAGUUUCAUUGUGGUUCAUCGUCUCAAUGCAUCAGCACCUCAGCUCAGUGUGACGGAGAGGUGCACUGUGAUAAUGGAGAGGACGAGCUUGGCUGUGUGCGACUGAGUGGGAGCAGCUCGAUCCUCCAGGUCCAGAGAGGUGGAGUGUGGAGGACAGUUUGCUCAGAGGGCUGGAACAACUGGCUGGGGGCCUCCGCCUGCAAACAGCUAGGAUACUCCAGGUAUGUGGAGUCCUUCUUCAUCUCUGUGACCUCCAUUGAGCAGGAGCUUCAGUACAACAUGGUGUCCAUCAACCUGAGCCAGUCACAGAUCAUCAAGCUCCAGAACAUCACAACCCUCAGUAAGACUCAUUGCAGCUCAGGGAAGGUGACCACGCUGAAAUGUCUGGAGUGCGGCGCCAGGCCUCGAUACAGCCCUCGUAUCGUCGGAGGUAACGUCUCCAAGUCGGGUCAGUUCCCCUGGCAGGUCAGUCUUCACUUCAAUAAUGAACACCUGUGCGGCGGCUCCAUCAUAACGUCACGCUGGAUCGUUACUGCAGCACACUGUGUGUAUGGGUGAGUCACACAUGCAAACUCAAAUCAUCUACACAUUUUGUAUAGUUGCUUAUUUAAGCUCCACAUGGUUAUAUUGUAAAGGGGAAAACAUGCGUUAAAAUCACAUUUGACAAGGGACAUAUGAUUGGGCACAGGGAAAGGACAUGUACCCCUCAGUUUUCAA